AUGGCUUCGGCGUCCAAGCCUGCGACAAACAUCGAGGAGUUCCUUUGGAACAUCCAUACGGCGCUUGCCGCAGCCGAAGGUCCGAUUGAGUUGGCGAACUUAAAGGAUCAUUACCUCAAGCACCACGGCCACAAGUGCAACAUUGAGCGGUUCCUUGUGGUCGGUGAGGGAGGCCUUGGCGCCACUCUCAGGAGGAUCCCUCACAUUGUCAAAAUCUCCGUGGAGUCCGGCACCCCGGUCGUGCAAGCCACGCAGCCAGCAGACAUCGAUCGAGCGCGGCUCAUCGAAGAGGACAAGAAGUAUCGGCGUGAGAUUGCCACGCGAAACGCUGCGAAGGCCGCUGCCGCCGGGACCUCCAAGGCAAAGGCAGCACCGCCUUCGAAGGCGGCACCACCUCCUGCCGAGGGCAAGCGGCCCGCCGAGAGCGAGGCAAACGCAGAGAACAAGAAGCCAAGGAAUGAUGCGGAGGUAGAGACUCUGGCGAAGAUGUUGAUCCAGGGUGUGGUGAGAGUCUUGCAGAACCGUGCCAAGACGAGCAAGGGAGCCCUUCCCCUUGCCGAGCUCGAGCACGAGUUCAAGGAGCUUUGGAAAGUUCCGUUCAACGUGAAGCAGGCCGGAGAAACCGACGUUCUUGGCUUCCUUCAGAAGUGGCCCGGGAAGGUGGAGCUGCUUGCCACGGAAAGCGGCUCCUGGACACUCCAACUAGCGAAGAAAGCGACCACACCCCCAACGGCGGCAAAGACUGCGCCUGCAAAGCCACCUCCGAAGGCUGCGCCAGAGGAGGCCCCUAUGGCAGCUCGAAAUAAGCGAGCAGGAGCUCCCUCCCAGGAUAUGCCAGCCAAUGAGCCGGUGGAGGUGAUUACCACGGCGGAGAGGCCGGCAGAGGCCCAAGCGCCUGCAGUUGCGGCCCUUUCUCAGAGGCUGCCGGAGCUGCAGCGACAGGCAGACAAGAUCCUCGAGGGCAUGAAGGCUCUGAUUGCGCAGCAGGAGGCGCUGGUUGCCGACGUGGUCAAGCUGAAAGGUUGA